AUGGCAGGGGUGAAUGGAGACCGUAAAGGGAAGAAAGAUGACAAUGGGAUUGGCACAGCGAUUGACUUCAUGCUUUCCAAUGCUAAACUUGUGUUGGGAGUGGGAGGAGCAGCUAUGCUUGGCAUUGCAACACUAGCUGUCAAAAGAAUGUACGACCGUGCCAUAAGCGCUCCCACCAGCCCUACCAAGAUGGAGCAGACGGGAAAGAGAAGCUGGGAAGAGCCUGCCUGGAUGGGUUCAUCACCACGAGUCCUGAACCAUGAUAUGAAGUCCACAGUUAGCAGAUCACUGCAGUCUCUGCCCACAUCCUCACAGGCUUUUGAACCAGACUGUCUUCGGAGGACUGUGGGUCGAGCUGCGGUGGGAGGCAGGGGUGCCACCCAGUCAGACCUGCUGCGAGCCCGAAUGCGCCUGUCCCUGCAGGAACAUCUAUGGGAGUUCUACCAAUGUAAUGUGAACAUCCCUACUGAGGAGCAGGCUACGGCCAGGAGGGCAGCGCUGGACAUCUGUGCUGAACUCAGAGUGUUCCUUCAUGCCAAACUGCCUGACAUGCCGCUCAGAGAGAUGUACCUAAGUGGUAGUCUGUAUGAUGACCUGCAGGUGGUAACAGCAGACCACGCCCAGCUCAUGGUGCCUCUAAUCUUGGAGAAGAACCUGUGGUCAUCCAUCCCUGGGGAGGACACCAUCAUGAAUGUCCCGGGGUUCUGGCUUGUCCGCAGGGAAAAUCUGGAGUAUUUCCCACGGAACAGCAGCUACUGGGACCGCUGCAUGGUUGGAGGGUACCUCUCCCCUAAAUCAGUCCUGGAGGUCUUCGACAAGCUUGUGGCUGGCUCCAUCAAUUGGCCAGCUAUAGGGAGUGUCCUCGACUACGUCAUCCGUCCUGUGGUUCCCUCAGAAACACUGACCCUGGAGGUGCAGUAUGAGAUGGACCGAAAGCUGUAUGUGGACUUCCUACCAUUACUUGUGAUGGAGGAUGGUACCUCACUUAUCGCCAAACCUCAUCGUCUUGCUGCGGAGCGUCAUGAAAACCUAUGGCGGCAGAGCUUCCGUGUGGCUGAGACGGCGCGACUCAGGGCUCUGGACCAGGAGGACGGAGGAUGCCGAUGCACCUGCCUGAAGGUGGCAAAGGCCGUGUGUAAGCUCAACCCUGCCCUUAACCGGCUGAACGCCAGCCAGCUCACCAACGCCAUAUUGUUACUGUGUGAAAAAGAAGGUGACUGGACCCAGGAAGCGCUGGCUGACCGCUUCCUUCAGCUGCUACGAGCGCUGGUGGGACACCUAGAGGCUGGGAGGCUGCCAUGUGCACUCAACCCGAAAGUGAACUUAUUCUGUGAGCUGACUGAACAUGAGGUGGAUGAGCUGGGGUAUACGCUCUACUGCGCCCUAUCAGAUCCCGAGGGACUGCUGAGAACUGCUGUGGCACAGCCGUCCCAUCCCUGACAACCUCUUCAUAUCACUACGCAGCAAGGUGGCACCUGUCCACCACUGUUUGGUUGGCGACAGUGACCUCAAACCAAAAUGAGGUCGCGGGGGAA